AUGACCAAACGUGUCGUCCGCGUUGCACUCCUCAUCUGCGACACUCCACCCGACGUGGUCCAGAAGGACAACGGAACCUACUUUGAGAUCUUCCGUCGCUGGCUCGAGGACGCCCUCAAGGCAUACCCUGACGCCGAUAUCGCUACCAACACUCAACUCGUCCUCGACCCCUACAAUGUUGUUGACAAGCUCGAGUUCCCCUCUUACGACCGCCUCCGAGUCGGCGCUCCGGAUGCGUAUGACGUUGUGAUGCUCACCGGUUCCAAGCACACCGCGUACGACACCACCUCGCAUUUUGGGCCACAGCUCAUCGAGUGGAUGCGCAACCUGGCCAACGCCCCAGACUUCCAGCAUGUCAAGGUUAUUGGUGUGUGUUACGGCCACCAGAUCUUGUCGCUGGCACUCGGAGGCGAGUGCCAGCAGGGGACUAAUGGCUGGGAAGUUGGAGUGUAUGGGUGUGGCAUGACCGAGGAUGGUCGCUACUGGUGGUCCGACUCGGUUGUGCCCAACGGUGACUCGAAGAUUUACGUCGAGCAGAUGCACAAGGACGUUGUCACCAAGGUGCCACCAGGGUGUGACCUUCUCCUCCGCUCGGACAAGUACCCCGUCCACUCGUUUGUCAAGAAGCACGCUGCUUCCACGCCCGAGAAGCCCCUCGCCCAGAUCCUCACCAUCCAGGGCCACCCCGAGUUCACACCUGGCAUUGUCAGCGGCCUCGUCGAAUUGCGCUCGUCAGCUGGCAUCUUCAACACCGACGUGGCGGCCGAAGCGCGCAGACGUCUGGGUGGCAAGGAUGGCACCGGUGGCGAGGGCGAGGGCCGUCUGGGCUGGGCGAUCUGGCGCGUCAUGCUCCAGGACCUCCCAGCCAAUGUCGGCAACUACGUGACUGACGAGUCUCGCUAUGCCUCUAUUGACAAGCUGCUGGACCGAGAGGGCCCGCUGACCGAUGGUUAUGAGGGUGCUGAAGCAGCCAAGGAGUUCCUUCGCCGCAAAUGCAAGAUUCUUGUGAUUGGCGCGGGCGGUCUGGGCUGCGAGAUCCUCCAAGACCUCGCACUCACCGGCUUCGGCAACAUUCACGUCAUCGACAUGGACACUAUUGACAUCUCGAACCUCAACCGCCAGUUCCUCUUCCGCGAGGCCGACGUUGGCAAGUCCAAGGCCGAGUGCGCAGCUGCAUUCAUUAACAAGCGCGUGCCCGGAGUUAAGGUGACGCCGCACCACAGCAAGAUCCAGGACCACCCCGACUCGUUCUACAUGCAAUUCAACAUCGUCAUUGCUGGCCUUGACUCUGUGUCGGCUCGGCGCUGGAUCAAUGCCAAGCUGGUAGAGCUGGUCGAUAUGGAGAACCCUGAGAGUCUCAAGCCUCUGAUUGACGGCGGCACCGAGGGCUUCAAAGGCCAGUCGCGCGUUAUCCUUCCCACAAUCUCGUCGUGCUACGAAUGCUCACUCGACAUUCACACGCCCCCCACCGCCUUUCCCAUCUGCACCAUCGCCAACACGCCCCGUCUGCCGGAGCACUGCAUCGAGUGGGCGAGCGUUCUCGAGUGGCCACGACUCCGCAAGGACAUCAAGCUGGACACGGACGAUCCGGACCACAUCCAGUGGCUGUACGACAAGGCGUCGACGCGCGCUGCGGCUUUCAACAUUGAGGGCGUCACGUGGGCCCUCACGCAGGGCGUCGUCAAGAACAUUAUCCCAGCUAUUGCGAGCACGAACGCGAUCAUUGCGGCGUCGUGCUGCAACGAGGCUUUCAAGAUUGCCACGAGCUGUGCUCCGAUGCUGAACAAUUACAUGCUUUACAACGGCAACGACUCGCUGUACACGUUUACAUGGGAGUACGAGAAGCGGCCUGACUGCCCCGUGUGCGGCGGUGAGAGCAUGGAGGUCGAGGUCAAGCGCGAAUGGACACUCGAGCAGCUCAUGGAGUGGCUGUCGGUGCAGCAGAAGCUGUUGGUGAAGCGCCCUGGGUUCAUGUACUCUACAGGAGACCCACUGUUCAUGUGGGGCCCGCCGCAGAUCCACGAGCAGACCAAGGGCAACCUGCAGAAGCUCGUGUCCGAUCUAGUGCCCGAAGGCGAUGAGAUCAUUGUGACGGACCCCAACCUGCCGUUCCACCUCAUGAUCAAGGUGACGUAUGCGUAG